AUGUCUUGGACAGAAUAUUGUCCUCAUCCCGCAGCUUCAAUCUUCACUAGAUUUAGGCCGACUAGAUUACUUAAAGGCCAACUAAUUUCUUGUUUAUAUUUAUUUAUUAAAUGUUUUUAUACUGCAAAUAUUCUUUUACAAUUUUCACUUUUAAAUGCAGCAUUAAAAUCAGACGAAUAUUUAUUUUAUGGUUUUCAAGUUAUUUCUGAUUUGUUUGAGGGAAAAGCUUGGACUAAAGUAACUCUUUGCGAUUUUGAAGUGCGUUAUUUGGCAAAUUUGAAUAGAUAUACAGUUCAAUGUGCUCUUUUAAUUAAUAUAAUUAAUGAAAAAGUUUUUACAUUUUUUUGGCUUUGGUAUUGCCUUCUUUUGUGUAUUACAACUUGUUCAACACUAUUUUGGUUAACAAAUAUUUUAUUGCAUGCAGCAAAAGUUGAUUAUAUUUUACGUUUUAUGCAAAUAGCCGAAAAUUCUUGUCAAUUUAAUAAUCCAAAUAUUCAAUCAUCUCCUUUUCCUCAAAGAGCAAGAAUUGCUGAAGAGGAGGGAGAUUAUUUAAUUGAGGGAGGUGGACAUUCUUUUGUCCCUUUUCGAGUACCAAAUCAACAUGGAAUUGAUAAAUUUGUUGAUGACUUUUUAAAAUCUGAUGGGCUAUUUAUUCUUCGUAUGAUUGCUAACCAUGCUGGUGAAUUGGCUGUUGUUGGAAUUGUGAAACAUUUGUGGAAGUAA